GCAAGUUCGGCGUUGGCUUCAAACUCAACCAGACAUCAACAGCUUCACAGCUUUACACUUUUCAUCUCAGUGAGAACAAUUCAUUGCUUAUGGCUUUUUGGUCAUUCAAGAAACGCAAUCAAGAGCCUCCAACUUCUCUACUUCUUGAUGAAGCGUGGAGGGACGUACCAUGGGGGGAGAAAAAGAAAGACUUUGAUUAUGUGAGAAAUUUUAAGCCUCAUUCAGAGGCUCAACAUCUCAGAGUUCUGCUGCAUGGACCACCAGGCUCUGGAAAGUCCAGCUUCAUCAAUUCUGUUGACAGCGCUCUGCGAGGAAGGAUUUCAACUCGAGCUUUGGCAGCAACUAAUGAUGGCAGCUUCAGCUUCACUCAGGAAUUCAGAAGUUAUAAAAUCCAGACAGAAAAGCCUGGGACCUUUUAUCCCCUUGUCUUCAGUGACACCAUGGGUAUUGAGAAGGGCUCUGGGAGAGGAGUUGAUUUGGAAAAUAUCAAACUGAUCCUGAAAGGACACGUCAAAGAUGGAUGCAAGCUCCUUCCUGGCAGUAUCCCAACUGGAUCCUACAACAAUGAAAAUCCGACCACCAAUGACAAAGUUCAUGUUCUGGUUUGUGUUGUUGAUGCCUCCACAGCAAACCCGGUGGAGGAUGUGUCUGUUAACAAGAUAAAGGAGGUCAGAGAAGAAGCCCGGAAAUUGGGGAUUCCCCAAAUAGCUGUCCUCACCAAAGUUGAUAAAGCCUGUCCUGAGGUCCAAAAAGAUAUCAGGAAUGUCUACAAGAGCAAGACCCUGAAAGAGAAGGUGGAUCAACUGAGUGUGACUGUAGGGUUUCCACUGAACUGCAUCUUCCUGGUGAAGAACUACAGCGAAGAAACCAAAACAGAUGAGGACACUGAUACACUGAUGCUGGACACAAUGAGAAAGAUCAUCGACUACGGAGAAGACUUCCUGAAUGACACCUUUCCUCCUAUGGACACUGACUAACCUGGCAGUGAUUCCAUGUUCAAGUUCCCUUUGCAACCAGUCAUGACUGCACUGUGCUGUACUCCGCUUUGUUUGUUUUGGAAUUUAAAAUAUUGAAAGACUCUGUUCCUACAUAUUGUUUUUAACCCCUUUUCUGUUGUUGAAGUUUGCCAUUGAGGCCAGACUUUGUGUUUCUGUUCUUGUUUAUUUUGAUAGUUAACUUUUGACAUUGAGAGAAUAGUUUGGAUUUUUGGUUUAUUUUUAGUAGCUCUUACUCUCGCUUCAAGUAUUUUUAAUUGCCCCUUAUUUGAUCACGCAUUACUGUAAAUAAAAUAUUCCCUUUGUCUCUG